GCAGAUAAGAAAAUCAAAACAAAUAUGGCGGAGGGCUUUGACGUUUGUUUUUCGGGUUGACAAAACUUUAAAAUUUAAAUACCAAAUGUAGUGUUUCACCCAGAAAUAAUAAAUGAGUUUAUUUUUAUAAAAACUCAUGCAUCUUUGGUCGCGGUUAGUGUCCUUUAUUCUGUUAUAAAAUGGCAUUGGUGACAAUUCAAAGAAGUCCUAGUUCUGGCAGUUCACCAAGUCAGGAUGACACCGCAGAGUUUCAUGAUAGCUUGGAUUCCAAUAGAAAUUCGAAAAGCUUGAGCGAAUGUUACUUUGCGGGCAAGGGCACCGCUUUGGUGCUACCAGAUGCCGAUGCAUCAGCGCAGCCCCAUCCGGCCUGCGCCGUCGAUGGGGCGAACGCUGCGCCUUCGGAAGUUGCUGACGGUGCUACACCAGUCAGUGUGGCCGGACAAAACAGUAGCGCCAUUCAGCGACAUUUACAGUCGAUGUUUUAUCUGUUGAGACCAGAGGAAACACUAAAAAUGGCUGUCAAACUAGAAAGCGUACAUCCGGUGAGGACGAGGUACCUGGUGGUGGUUUCCAGGAUGGGUAGCAGAGGCGAAGAAUCUUGUCUAUUGGGAAUCGACUGUAAUGAGGAAACAACUGUCGGGCUGGUGCUUAGGGUUCUUGCUGAUACGAAGAUCACGUUAGAUGGAGAUGGGGGCUUCAGUGUCAGUGUCUGUGAUAGUCACCAUAUUUUUAAGCCAGUUUCCGUACAAGCCAUGUGGUCUGCCCUUCAAACGUUACACAAAGUGAGCGCCAAGGCUCGCGAAGGCAAUUAUUUCCAAGGUGGUGGCACACACUCAUGGGUGGAACAUUACGAGGCACGGGUGGCCUCUGAUCGGUCCUGUCUUAACGAGUGGCAUGCCAUGGAUUGUCUUGAAUCCAGGAGACCGCCCUCGCCCGAUUCUAUAAGGGCUAGGCCAACGGAAAGGGAUGAAACUGAAAAGGUUAUUCGUUCAACUUUGAAAGAAAUUAUGAUGUCAGUGGACCUGGACGAGGUGACGUCCAAAUUCAUCCGUUCCAGACUGGAGGAGGAACUUGACAUGGAUUUAGGCGAAUUUAAGAGCUUCAUCGACCAAGAAAUGCUAGUCAUUCUGGGCCAGAUGGACGCUCCAACGGAGAUUUUUGAUCAUGUCUACCUCGGUUCUGAAUGGAACGCCAGUAACUAUGAAGAAUUGCAGAAAAAUGGCGUCGGUCAUAUUUUAAACGUUACCAGAGAAAUCGACAAUUUUUUUCCUGGUACUUUCGACUAUCUAAACGUGCGCGUCUAUGACGAUGAAAAAACAGACCUCCUGAAGCAUUGGGACGACACAUUCAAAUACAUCACAAAAGCAAGAAAUGAAGGCUCAAAAGUAUUAGUUCAUUGCAAAAUGGGUGUCAGUCGAUCAGCUAGCGUAGUCAUAGCAUAUGCUAUGAAGGCUUAUAAUUGGGACUUUGACAAGGCUCUGCAUCACGUUAAAGAUAAACGUAGCUGCAUCAAACCUAACACUAACUUUCUAACACAGCUGGAAACGUAUCAAGGUAUUCUGGAUGCUAUGAAGAACAAAGAAAAGCUACAGAGAUCAAAGUCUGAAACUAAUCUAAAGUCACCGACUAACAAUAACAAGGUAGAGAAGGCGCCAUCUGGUGGAACGCCAACGCCAGUGGUUCAAGCUCUGUCCAAAUCUUAUGAUCUCCACUCAUCUUUAUCGGGCCAGGAUCUCAGGCAAAUGGGAGCGCGUCCCAAAUCCUGGUCUCCUGAUAAUUUGGCAACAAGAGAGAUCAAGGAAGGUGUCAAGUCGUCUCCAGGUUUCAUGAGCCUGGAAGAUCUAAGUCAGAAAAGUGCGUCCAAAGAAAACGUGCAAGACAGCAAAUCUUCUCUUGCCCGUCACGUGUUGAUGCCUUGCGAUAAUGGCGAAUCAUACAGUGUUUCUCCAAACCAAAUAGUGCACUUGCCAGGCCACGACACCACAACCCGGACAGACGACAAACGAACUUGCUUAGCGGAAACCGAAGUGAAGAUCGAUAAUAGUUCCUGUAGUAUAAGUAGAGUGAAAACUGUUGUGGCGUCCGAAACGUGGGACCCGGGAGAAGAUAAAUCGGCGAAAAUAAUAGGAUUGAUUGUCAGUGACAGUACAACUAGCCCCGUCUGUGAUCAAAAGCUUAGUAGUAUAGUACCUGGCGACAGUAGUAGAACGCCCGUGUGGACUUCUUCUGCAGUGAUAAUGACUCAAAGUGCUGUGUCCUCUAAUAGUUUUAGUAAAGUUCCUGAAUCUCGCUCCAAAAACACUGCUCAAAGUGAUCUGUUUUCAAAUCAGCUCGACAAAGUGUUUGACAAAGAAGAAAAGAAACAACAAAGAUGGUCAACGUUUCAAGCGACCGCCGACUUGGAUGACAAACUAGCCAGAGAAUGUCCGUCGAGACAGAGUUCGUGGAGUUCCUAUGAUAGUGCAGUCGUGAUGGGUUUUCCAGAGAAAAAUGAAUUGUCGAGGCAUAGCUCUUGGGGGUCUGGCGAUACUAGGAUUUUACCUAGUAGAAAUAGUUCAUGGGGAUCCUAUGACAUGAGGCCAAGAACUUCUGUGUACUAUAAUAAUGAAAAAGGUGAAAAGAUACUCCAUAGCACUUCUGAUCUGGAACAGAAUCCUAGCGGUAUCUUCCCCUAUGACAAAGAAGACAUUCCCUGGCAUCCAGGUACGGUCAAACGCACAAAACAACGCCUUGAGGGUAGCGUUACCACUGCAAGGCAGCUGACCAAUGAUAGUGUCUCUAGUAGCUGUGUGUCUUUAAACAAAACUCCGAGCUCAGAAACCUUAUUUAAUUUUGCCGAAGCUGUUAAUGAAAGUCUUGUGGAAAGAGGAACGACUACCUUAGAUGUUGAAUCUAUCAGUGCCAUAUCUAAUAAAAUUGACAUUCCUUUUACAGAUAAAUGUAGUGUGCUCUCUCCAAAUAUAUCGCGUUUAUCAACUAGCGCCCCUGAGCCUUGUUCCAUGGAGCUAGUGGUACAUGAAUGUUCAUUGUCUCGUUCGACUUCUAAUGUUUCUGGAAAAGAUGCUUCUGUACAGCCUUUGGAGAAUGGAAGAGAACAAUGUUCGUCUGUGAAAAUGCAGACGAGUUUUUUGGAAAGCUUACAGAAAGACUACCAAAUGUCUACUAAAAAGAAUGAAGAAUCCUUCGAAAAUUCUUUGGGCAAAGUGAAAAACUUGAAAAAGGAAUUCGAGGCUAAAUCUUCCUCGGUUGGUGUAGUGGAUCAAAUGAGUAUAAGUACAGAGCGACCUGAGAGACCACUUAAAGUAACCAAAAACAGAAGUCUUCCAUCUUCUCCCGUAUGUAUUCAUCAACUCAAGGAACUAAAAGUAGUCAGUGAUGAUCUCAAUUUCAAAACCAUUCGAAGCGUUUUUGAAAAAAAUAAAGAAGAAACACAACAUGUUAAAUUAAGGCAAAAAAGUAGCAAAACCAAUGGAAGAAAUCAUUCCAGUAGAUAUUCUUGCAUCGAAAUGGCCAUAGAUAAAAAUCCGAGGAUACUUUCCACUUCUUUAAUAUGUAAAACAGAAAAAAGUGAAUGCGAUUACAAACGACCCCCCAUAGUACCUGCCGUAAAACAAAUAGCGGCCACUGUUAUAGCCACUGCUGCCAAAAAGCAACAGCAAUACGGCAAAACGCAUCCAUUGGCAAGAAUUAACAUAAAACCUAGGCACAAUAACCCUGUUUACAACACCAUGUAAAAAAAUCACCGACUUUCAAGAAUUAAGUGUGAUAAUGAUUAAAAUUUUGAAAUUAAAUUAUAUUGUGUAUUUUAGUUAUAGCUUGGAUGUGCCUCUAAGCACAAUAUUUGAUCCAUAUUGGGUUUUAAAUGAUAUAUUUUGAAACAGUAUUACAGCAGCUUCUGUGAAAACAAGUUUUAAAUAAUCUGAGUUAGAUUUUGUUUUUGUUUAAAUCAAAAAAGAGAAAUAUAAUGCGUUCAUCAAACUCGGAUUAAGCUCUGCUUAAUAAUUUUUCAUUAUUCUUUUUUUAAAACACUAAAACCACUAACUAAACAAAUGUUAACUAAAAAUUAUCACAGCACAGGUACAUAUGGUCAGGACAAUUGAUAUUUUAGGAAAAGAAUAAUGAAAAUUUCUGCUGCUAUGUAAUGCUCAAGUUACAAAAAGAAAAUGGCUGUGACGGCAUUAUUUCAUUAUUUGUUUUACCUUUUUUUCAUAAUUUAUAUUUUUAUUGGUUUUUAUAUUUAUAUUUUUUUUUUCAAAUUUUUGAAUUUUAGAAAAAAAAAAAUUAUCACUUUAUAUCUACUUUUUUUCGACAUUGAAAAGUCUCAAACAAUGUUUUUUCCUAUAAUGAAUUUCAUUGUUUGUUUCACCUUUUUUUUUCAUAAUUUGUAAAUAUUUAUAUUGGUUUUUAUAUUUGUAUUUUUUUUUUUUUUAAAUUAUUGAAUUUUGCAAACAAAUUUUAUCACUUAAUACCUCUACUUUUUGUUCGACAUUGGAAAGUUUCGAAUAAUGUUUUUUCCUAUAAUAAAUAAAAUCACAAAAAAGUUGUACAAACUAUUUUCUUUAUUUCUGUCUCAACAAUGUAUGUAUGGUGGCGUAGAUAUAGUUUUGGAGUAGCUGCCAUGAAAAUGCUCUUGUCAUUCUGCUCAUACCUACAUGUAAUUAUGGAACUCAAAACUACCAUCAUUAAACAUUACGAAUUAAAAAUCCUAUAUCUAAGCACAAAAGAAGUAUGCCCAAAAAUGUAAAGAUAGAAAAAUACAUUGCUUGGGUUUAUAUUAUCUUUUUCGGCAUUUAUAUUGAAAAAAAAAUAAAUUAUGGAUAUAAUAAAUUAAUUAGUUAUGACUUAAUGCUGGUAAAAAUGUUAAAAAUAAGAAAUGUCGGAAUCUUAGAAGGUUCCAAAAUGUACCAAGCUUUCUAUGUGUGCUGUAAAUAAGGCAAAAGUAUAUUUUCAGACUUCACUCUUUGUAACUUAAAUCUAUUAAUUACACUGUCAAACUCUAAAAAAUCGCCAAAUUAUCAUCUGAAAAUACAUAUGGAUAUAACAUUAUCGGAAUAUUUAUUUCUACAAAACUAUUGUCAAAAACUGCCAAGUUCACCAGAAACAAUACUCAUCUCAUCACAUCACAUGAACAUCACAUUUUUUUAAAAAGUUGCAUUCUUUAUACCUAGCUAGGACGAGCCAAUUUAUUGUUAGUCUCAAAAUUUAACUUUUUAGUGAGAAGAAAAACAGAAAUUAAUUUGCCCUGCAAAUGACAAUAACGAAAUAUAGAGGCCCUUAACUUAACUCUCUGAUUUGCUUCAGUGCAGUUGUUAGUAAUGAAAGGUUUAUCUAAAUUUAGUAGAGCAUUUCAUUUAGUAAAAAAAUAUCUAUACCUUUGUCAAUAAAAUUAUUGUUGAGAAAAAGAUAUGCUCAACAACUAAUUCAAAUUAGGGUUGAGGUAAGUAUUUUACGAUUAUCUCAGGCAAAUUUCAUUUUUCCUUUAAACUUUAUUGAAGGGAAAUAAUCGCAAAAAAUUAGAUUUAAUAUAUAUCCAGUUUGUUGGGAUUGUGUUCCUAUUGCAAUCCUAAUUUUAUUUGCUAAGAUCCAUCAAAUAACUUUCUAUUUUUUUGCCAAAAAAUUUGUUUUUUACUAUUCAAUGAUAGAACAGGUAGACUUACCGCUUAGUUGUAAGACUUUUUUAUGUUAAAUAUGUGCGCUGUCGAUUUUCGCUUUUGUGUGUAUUUAUGUGAUAGUUAUUAUUACUUUUUUUUGUACUAUAUAAUGUGUAAAUUAUUCUCCAAUGUACCGCUUAUCAAAAAAAUCUCAUUGAAAAAACUAUUUCAAAACAUACAUCUAAUUAAAAAAACAUUUAUUGUUGAA